CAUCAUCUCUUUUCGAAAGUAGAGUCAACAGUUGCAAAAUACAAUGGCAGUUAGUGAUAUAUACGGGGUUCACAUAACUUCAAUGCAAAGCGGCUAUACAUGCAGGCAAUCAUCGUGCGGACUUUGUUGCAUUUUCUGUUUUUAUCGUUAUCUGUCUUUCAAAUUGCUAAAUAUCGAUUAAGUUAUAACAUCUUUCGGUUAAUUACCCAACAACACAUCUUUUCUUAUCGCAGAUGAACCACUUCGAUUCGGGUCCCUUAAGCGUGCAGAUCCCGACCUCAUAGAGGAAAAAGACGAGGGAUGUGACAGUGAUCCGUGUAUGUACGGUGGAACAUGUAUUGACACCAAACGUGGAUUCAAGUGUAGCUGUCGACCGGGAUUUCGCGGAAAACGCUGUGAUUGUGUUGUCAAGGAAUGUAAAAACGAAAAUCCAUGUGAGCAUAAUUCGACCUGUAUCGAUCUUGGAGAAGACCAGUAUGAAUGCAAAUGCCGUUGCGGUUUUAGAGGGGAACAUUGUGAAUAUGACAUCGAUGAAUGCGCCAGUGGUUUGGCAUGCGAUAACGGGGCUACUUGCAUCAACACUAUUGGAAGUUACAAAUGUGAAUGCAGACCAGGAUUUGAAGGGCGAAGGUGUUGUGAUGGUAAGUAGUUUAGACCGAAAUGUAUGCAUGAGAACAGCUGCAUAACUGCGUAACAGAAGCUGAAAUAGCAGCGAAAAGUAGCAAAGUAAGCAAUGAAAAGAAAAUAUAUAAUAAGGCAAAGUCACUACUGUCACGUUUGCAAUGCACAUGGAUUGUGGUUUGUUAAAGACGACUUAACUUUCAGACUUUCCUUACAGUAUUUGUCUCAAUUCUUAUUGAUUCCGGGUCUAUUUCGAUCCAUUCUUU